AUGAUGGCGGUCAAACAGAGCCUGGAAAAUCCGAUCUUUCAGGGAAAAUACGACAUAAUCGUGAAGAACCUCUGGCUCCGGGACGAGGCUAAGCGGUUCUACCUGCUUACCGCUCUCCAUGACACCAAGAUAGAUUUCAAGUUCCUCAGCAAGCAGGUCAAAGUGAAGCACCUGCGCAUGGGUCCGGAAGAGAUGAUGGAAGGUAUAGUGGGAAUGAAGCGCGGUCACCUUAACCCCUUCGCCAUUGUGAACGACAAAAACAAUGAAGUCAAAGUGUUGUUGGACGAACGUAUCAAGGAGAAGAAGGAGAUUAUGGCACAUGCGCUGCACAACGCCACAAGCAUAUGCAUUUCACCGAGCGACCUGGUGCGGUUCCUCAACGAGCACGGACAUGAACCCACCUUUGUGGCAACCGCUGGCGAAGAAGCUGAGGCAGCGCCUGUUUCUGAGGCGCCCGCUCCCACCACAACGGACAAGGAAGGACACAUUUUGGGUGUGACCGUGAAAAAAAGCACCAACUUCUCUGAGUGGUACACGCAGGCCAUCGUUCGCGGUGGAAUGGUCGAGUACUACGACAUAUCCGGUUGCUACAUAUACCUGCCAAGCAGCUACUUCAUAUGGGAGGUUUUCCAGGAGUGGUUCAACCAGGCUCUCAAGAAGGAGGGCGUGGAGAACUGCUACUUCCCAAUGUUUGUGUCAAAGGCCAAGCUUGAGACCGAGAAGAAUCAUGUUGAAGGGUUCAGCGCCGAAGUGGCGUGGGUCACCAAAUAUGGUGACUCAGAUCUCGCUGACCCCGUUGCAAUCAGGCCCACCAGCGAGACCAUCAUGUAUGCGGAAUACGCAAAGUGGAUCCGGUCGUACAGGGAUCUGCCCCUAAAACUCAACCAGUGGUGCUCGGUGGUGAGGUGGGAGUUCAAGCAGCCCACUCCAUUCCUGAGAAGCCGAGAAUUCCUCUGGCAGGAGGGGCACACUGCGCACAAAAACGAGGAGGAAGCUAUGAAAAUGGUUAUGACCUCGCUUAACCUGUACCGGAAGUUCUACGAGGAGUACCUGGCGGUGCCCGUCAUACCCGGUGAAAAGAGUGUAGAGGAGAGGUUCGCAGGUGGUAAAAGCACCAUGACCGUGGAGGCCUACAUUCCAGGCAGCGGCAGGGGCAUACAGGCCGCGACAUCACAUCUCCUCGGUACCAACUUUGCCAAAAUGUUCGGAAUUAUAUUCGAGGACGAGAACGGAACUAAACAACUAGCUCAUCAGACCAGCUGGGGGUUCACCACGAGGAGCAUAGGUGUAUCAAUUAUGAUCCACGGCGACGACCAGGGCCUUGUCAUUCCACCAAAGGUCUCGAAAGUACAGGUUGUGAUAGUGCCCAUCAUUAGCAAGAAGGAACUGCAAAACCAGAUCAUGGACGUAGCAAACGAGGUCUACGCUAGGCUCAAACAGGCAGGCGUCAGGACUCACCUUGACGACCGCGUCGGAUACACGCCCGGGUUCAAGUUUAACCACUGGGAACUGAGGGGCGUUCCAAUCAGGAUCGAAAUCGGGGCGAGGGACGUCCAGUCGAAGAGCUGCCGCGUAUGCUACAGGUUCAACGGAGAGAAGUCAGACGUGAAAAUGGACGACAUCGAAAAAAGCAUACCCCAGGCUUUGGAAACAAUACAGCGCGAAAUGUUCGAAAAGGCAAAGAAACAGAUGGACCAGGCCAUCGCCAGGGUCAUGGAUUUCGAGGGCGUCAUGCCGGCACUUAACGACCUGAAGUUGGUAUUGGCUCCAUGGUGUGAGGACCCGGCAACUGAGGCAGAAAUCAAGGCGGAGACCCAGCGCCUGUCGCAGGAAAACAGCGACGGCAGGACUGGCGGUAUGAAAUGCCUGUGCCUGCCCUUGGAGCAGCCUGAAAUGCCAGAAGGUACCAAAUGUUUCUGGACGGGCAAACCUGCGACGAGGUGGGCGCUAUUCGGCCGCAGCUACUGA